UAGAUCAGUAACCUGCUUGAAAUGUUUUUCUGACUGUGAUACUGUCUGUUGAAAUGUCGUCAGAGUGACAAGGGAGACACAAACUACCUUCUGACAACAUGCAGACGUUAAAAAAUAGGUUUAAUAACAAGAACAAUGUAUUGGAGUGUAGGGUUUGUGAGGAUGUGUUUACGAUUGACGGAAAGAGAGUGCCGCGGUUACUCUACUGUGGGCAUACUGUCUGCCAUGCGUGUUUGUUGAGACUCCCUCUUCAAAAUGACACGAUUCUUUGCCCUUUUGACCGACAGCCGACUCCGGUCGAGACGUCUGGAGUCUGGGGACUCAAGAAGAACUUUGCCCUUCUUGAAUUGCUCGAAAAGCUUGAACUGACUGACAAAGAAUCGCCUGAGGUGGAUAGCGAGGUCGUCAAGAACGAAUCCGAAGGCUGGGUCGGAUGCGACGAAGACGAAGGUCACACUGCUGUCGUGUACUGCUUGGUCUGUCGGUCGCAUCUAUGCGCUCCUUGCUCACUGGCGACUCAUUCGACAAAAACGUUGGCACCGCACAAGCGUGUCCCUUUGAGCGAAAAGCCACGCGAACUUCCGAAAUGCCUCUCACACCCUUGUCACACUGCGGAAUUCGUCUGCCUCAAGGAGGACUGCCGUACACCAGCUGUUUGCUACCUUUGUAAAGAAUAUGGAAGGCAUAAAGACCACCCGCAUUCACUUAUUGAAGCCGAGGCUGAAAAAUUAAGAACCCUUCUAUCAUCCGCAGUUCAAAGGACUCAUCAACUUAUUGAACAAAUGAAUCAAACUGAACAUAGAUUAGAGGAAGUUGUGAUUGGCAUAGAAGGAAAUGGAAGUGAAAGCGGAACUCUUGAAGCCGCAAGGUCGAGAGUCGAACAUCACUUUGAAGAAUUAAGGAGCAAACUCGAGACACAAGAAGCAACAGCGAGGUCUGUUAUUGACACUCACGCUAGAGAACGGCUGGCGACUUUGAGAGCAUCGCAACAGGACAUUGCGACCUGGCUGGCCCAGGUGAUGUCUGUUGUCGUUCUUUGUGAAAGCUCGCUUGCCCACGACGACGCCCGGCUUGUCUCCUGCGGGCCGCAGCUAAAGAAAGCCAUAGAUUCGAUUGAAAAACAACACGACCAGUUUAAUCAGCUCAGCCCUGAGCAGUUCAACCCAGACAUACCAAUAACAUUUACAAAGGACAAUAGAGUUCAUAUUGGCCCUAAGAUAGAAAUGAGGGUUGUUGCACUGGGCCUGGACGGAGCGGGCAAGUCGAGCAUUUUAUUCAAGCUGAAGCAGAACGAGUUCAUGUCGUAUAGAUCGCCUACGAUCGGUUUCAACGUCGAACCGAUCGAAUACAAGAACCUAAGAUUCAACAUCUGGGACAUCGGAGGCCAGCCUAAACUGAGACCGCUUUGGAAGCACUAUUUCCUAAACACACAAGCAGUAGUGUUUGUCGUUGACUCAAACGACAAGGAAAGGCUUCCCGAGGCCAGUCUCGAACUAGCCAAACUAGUCUCUGAGAAAGAUCUGAAAGAAGCGGCUCUUUUGAUUCUGGCAAACAAACAGGAUUUAAACACUUGUGAAGGCCUUGAAGCAAUAACAGAAGCCCUGGGUGCGAGCAAACUAUGCUGUGGUCAUAGUUGGCAUUUGCAGGCCUGCUCUGCGCAGACCGGUGCUGGUUUGUAUCAAGGGCUUGACUGGCUCUCGAGCCAACUCGUCGCAUCACCCGUCACAAAUUAUAUCAACAGCGAUUCAUCCAUAUGAGUUUUAAAAUUGCGACAUUAUUUUAAAAUGAUACAUUUCUUGUAUAGAUCUAAAUUAGUAGUCUUUUACCUCA